CCAUAGCAACAGGACGCAGAAGUCGGUUAGUAACCGGACUAUAUCGGUGUGUGUGAGUAGGUAAAGGUCGGUGUGAGUGCGGACAGGAGGAUGCCUUUACUAGUGACAGAUUAUUCCUGGACUCAGACUGAAACCACGGUUUAUAUCCACGUGCCUUUAAAAGGGACGGCUGCCGGGAAGGUGGACGUCGUGUCUACAGACGAAUACCUAAAGGUGCAUUUCCCACCGUACCUGUUCGAAGCUUUCCUCUUUGAAGCUGUGAAUGAUGACAGGAGCUCAGCUAAGAUUAGAGAGGGAGAGGCGGUCAUCAGUCUGUCCAAGACAACCAACAACAUGUGGAGACACCUGAUGAGAGAUACAGAUGAUAAAAUAAAAAAGAUGCAGGUCAGAGAAAGAGCUCUGUUAAAAUACCAGGAGAAACUUUGUUCAGAGUCCAGAUCCAAGGCAGAGAAACAGCGAGCUGAGAGAAAAUAUGCACUGGAGACAAUGAUGAAGCUUGAACAGGAGGAAAGACACAGCAUCCAGAGGAUUAAGGACACUGAGCGACAGAGGACCACGACAGAGAUGGAAACAUGGCAGCUGAGACAGAAACAAAGAGCAGAGGAAAAAUCUCAAGGAAAACUCCACAGGGAUGAUCAUAACAAACUCAGAGCAGAGAAACAGCCACAGGGACAUUCAGGUCAAAGUGACAGGAAACAACCAGCAGACUUGCCUGCUCCAAGAACCAGUAGAAACAUUCAAGUCACAUUCACUCCACGAGUUUUCCCAACAGCCCUCAGGGAAUCCAGAGCAGCAGAGGAGGAGGAGUGGCUGAGAAAACAAGCUGAAGCCAGACGUGCAGUAAAUGCAGAUGUUGAAGAGCUGGGGGACCUGAAGGAGGAGGACAGAAACCCCGAGUGGUUAAAGAACAAAGGAGAUAAAUGUUUUAUGACUGGAGAUUACCUGAGUGCAGUGAACGCCUAUAACUUGGCCAUCAGGCAAAACAAGAGGAUCCCAGCUCUGUAUUCAAACCGGGCUGCAUGUCAUCUGAAGUUAGGAAACCUUCACAAGGCUAUUGAGGAUUCCUCUCAGGCUCUGGAUCUGUUGAUUCCACCAGUUGCUGCUAAUGCAGCUGCCAGAGCCAGAGCCAGUGUCCGCAGAGGAUCCGCUUUCUGUCGGCUACAGUUAUAUGCUGAAGGGUUACAGGACUACCAGGCUGCUCUGAAGAUCGACCCUCACAAUGAAGCGUUGCAGACAGACACACAGAGAAUACAAGACAUUAUUCAAGGCUCUGCAGCUAAGACACACUGAGACAGAAAACAUAGCUUGUUAUGAUCCCUGCUGCAGUGAAAGACUGGCUCCAAACCUGCUGACUUACUUUAAUAUGGAAAAGCUGCAUUAGCUACAGACAUGAAACAGAAAUGAGAAGGUGUCUGUGUGUAACUGCAGAUUAAGAUAUAAAGCAGAGUGCCCCCCCGUGGUCAAAUGUUGUACCUCCUAAGAUCAGUCAUUCUACUUUGAGUAUGAACAUGGUGGAGAAGAAAAGUGGUCAGUGUUGUAAGAUGUCUGGCCACAGUAGUUUUUUGUACUAACGUUUGCCAAUGUAUUUUCUGUCUAUUUGAAAACGUCUUAAUAAAAGGUGGUU